UUCGUGCAAGAGUUUGUGGCGAGCUGACGUACAAAAAUCCAAAAAAAUUUAACAUUAAUUUGUUAAUUGUUCGUAUUGUGCAGGAAAUAUAAGUUUUGGUUUUUGUGUGCCAACAUUUUUAAUCAAAAUCAGUUGAAGAACUUUGCAGAAACAUAAAGUAGAAAGUUUACUAGAAAAUGACAUCUGGACCAUAUAAUUAUUCAUAUAUUUUCAAAUAUAUUAUUAUUGGAGACAUGGGUGUAGGCAAAUCAUGCCUGCUGCAUCAAUUUACAGAAAAGAAAUUUAUGGCUGAUUGCCCACAUACCAUUGGUGUUGAAUUUGGAACUCGGAUAAUAGAAGUUGCUGGGCAAAAAAUUAAAUUACAAAUUUGGGACACAGCUGGACAAGAGAGGUUCAGGGCUGUAACACGCUCCUACUAUAGAGGGGCGGCCGGUGCUCUUAUGGUUUAUGAUAUCACAAGAAGGUCUACUUACAACCACCUUAGUAGCUGGCUUACUGAUACCCGCAACUUGACAAACCCCAGCACUGUAAUAUUUUUGAUUGGCAAUAAGUCAGAUUUGGAUGGUCAGAGAGAUGUAACGUAUGAAGAGGCAAAACAAUUUGCAGAUGAAAAUGGACUUAUGUUUGUGGAAGCAAGUGCAAAGACAGGUCAAAAUGUCGAAGAAGCAUUUCUGGAAACUGCUAAAAAAAUAUAUCAGAGUAUUCAAGACGGCCGCUUGGACCUAAACGCCGCAGAGUCCGGCGUGCAACACAAGCCGGCGUCGCCCGGCCGCCCGCUCGCCGCGCCGCCGCAAGCCAAAGACAACUGCGCCUGCUAGACCCAGAUACAAUAUCUAACUCGUAGGAUUAACUAUACUUAUUAUUAAUGUGGUCGAUAUAUUUUUAACUGAUCAAAUUAUGAUCUGUACUUAUAUUUUAAUGUAUAUAUAAUAUAAAUAAAUGGAUAGUAUCAAUAUUUAGAUGAAUUCAUAACUCUUGGGUUCACGGGGUGGAAACAAUACAAUCUGCCUUAAAA